AUGGUUAAAUUUUUAUUUUCAAUUGCAACUGCCUUUUCUAUAAUUGCUUUAGUUAACGGUGCUCCAAGAACUUACCAAACCCAAAAUAAAUUUGUGUUUGAUACUGAUCCUGAAUAUAGUGUCAUCAGUUGUGACAAUUAUCUUUAUGGUCCAAAUGCUGCUUGGUCAUGUCACAAUAAUACCGUUAUUCCUGAAUAUGAUUCAUGUUGUUUUGAAAAUUGGGGUGUUUUGAUGUCUACUCAAUUUUGGGAUUUCAAUCAAACUUUGUUAGAUGUGGUUAAUUCUAAUGAUAGCGCUUUAAUUAAACAAGUUGAUGAAUAUUAUCAAUCUACGAAAUAUGCUAUUGGAGAUCCAAGACAAACUUUCACCAUUCAUGGUUUAUGGAAUGAUUUAUGUGAUGGUUCAUAUAAUCAAUAUUGUAACUCCUCAUUAGAAAUCAGUGAUGCUACUGAUAAUAUCACUCAUGUUAUUGUUGACACUUUCAAUGAACCUGAAUUAUUCGAUACUAUGAUUAAAUAUUGGGUUAAUAACGUAAUUUCAAACGUUCCAAAUGGUGGUAGUAUUUCAUUAUGGGAACAUGAAUAUAAUAAACAUGGUACAUGUAUGAACACUUUAUUACCAGAAUGUUUCAGUGGUGAUUAUACUCAAUUUGAAAACACCAUUCAAUUUUAUAAAAAGGUUGUUGAAAUUUGGAAAACUUAUCCAACUUAUCAAUUCUUGUUAUCAGAAGGUAUUAUUCCAACUGUUUCAGAACAAUAUGCUUUGAGUGAUGUUCAAAAGGUUUUAGCUGAUAAUAAUGAUGGUAGACAAGUUUAUGUUGGUUGUAUUAACGGAACUAUUGAUGAAAUCUGGUAUUACAAUAACUUGAAAGGUAAUGUUUUAACUGGUGAAUAUAGACCAAUUGAUACUUUAACCAAUUCAACUUGUCCUGAUAAAGUCUGGUACUUACCACAGUAA